UUGAGCCCUGAGGCACUGUGGGGCCAGCAUAAAAGGCAGCCUAACUGGUGGCUGUCUCAUCCACUUCUGUCACCUCCUGCUCCUUGGGAACCAGGUGCAGCGCCAGGCUCGAGACAUGUCCUGCCCUGAGAAGUGCCAGCAGUGCCGGCCCUGCAACCCUUGCUGCCAGCCCUGCGGCCCCUGCCCGCUGGCCAACAGCUGCAAUGAGUGCUGUGUCAGGCAGUGCCAGAGCUCCACCGUCGUCAUUGAGCCGCCUGCUGUGCUGGUGACCCUGCCCGGGCCCAUCCUCAGCUCCUUCCCACAGAACACCGUGGUGGGAUCCUCCACCUCCGCUGCCGUUGGCAGCAUCCUCAGCUCUGAAGGAGUGCCCAUCAGCUCCGGGGGCUUUGACAUCUCCUGCAUCACCAGCGGCUAUGGUGAAAGAUGUUGUCGUCCCUGCUAAAGCUGCUGCCGCCACCAACAUCCUCAGGCAAGAACCUCCACGACCUCAGAACACGCUGCUGGACUGAAGA